AUGGUGUUACCUAAGCAUUCAGCUUGGCACAAAAAAAAAGUAUCAAAACUAUUGAAAGAAAAAUUAAAAUUGUCAUGUUUAAAUGAAGUACCUUAUAUUCGGAAAGUUGUUGUAGCUAUUGAUGAUUUAUCAUGUCAUGAUAAACACCCUAUUGGAAAGGUAGAACUAAUUUCUCAAAUAAUCGAUCCUCAUAUUUCAAAAAAGAUUGAAGAAUAUGUUAUAGAAGGAAUAUACAAUAUAAGGGAAAUGAAGCACCUCCUUCGUUUGACAGUAAAAGAUACUUUUGGAAAUGAAAAUCUUCCUCCUUCGAAUAGCAGAAGAUUCUAUCCCAACACUGCAACCAUAAGAUCACAUAUAGUAAAAAUUAAAAAAAAGUUACGGCAUUCCAUGAUUGACCAAGAAUGUCUUUUCAUAAAAUGUGAAGAAUGGAAAAAAUGUGGUCCGUCUGUCAAAGUGUUUCUUAGACCAAACUGUAGUGGCGAAGAUGGUGGUGAUAAAUGUUCAUUUUUAUUUGUUUAUCAGUCACAGUGGCAACAACACCUUCUCGUGCGCUAUGGAACUGAGAUACUGCUACUUGAUGCCACAUACAGGACUACCAGAUAUUCUCUUCCUCUCUUCUUUUUAACUGUAAAAACUAAUUUUGACUACCAAAUAGUAGCCAGUUUUGUUAUUGAAUGUGAAACAAAACAAGCCAUCACAGAAGCGCUUCACAUAAUAAAAGAUUGGAACCCAUCCUUUCAACCUUCCUUUUGGAUGACUGAUUAUUGUACUGAAGAAAUGGAUUCAUUAGAAGCUGUUUUUCCAGGUUGCCGUGUUCUUAUAUGUGAUUUCCAUAGAGAGCAGGCAUGGCAUCGCUGGAUUGUCAAAAAAACAAACAACUGCUCAGAAUUUAAAGACUCAAUAAUUUCAAUGCUACGAAAUAUUGCAUGGGCACAAAAUGAAAAGAUGGCAGAUGCAGCAAUAGUUAAGCUAAAAUGUUCCAACUUUUGGUUGGACAACAAAUUUCAUAAAUUUAAGAAAUAUAUUACUAAUUAUUGGUUACAAAUUAAAGAAAAAUGGAUAUGGGGGUAUCGUCAGGAUCGAUUUUUAGUAAACCUUAAUACCAACAAUGGAAUCGAAAGGCAACAUGAAUCUUUUAAAUAUUCUUAUCUUCAAAGACAUAAAAGUUCAUCAAUUACUGGAAUGCUUACUCUUUUAAUAGAAGAGUUUUUUGCAGAUAAAUUUGAGAAAUAUUCAGAAUCUAAUUACAAAAUGGAUUGUCGAUUUAAACAAUACAAUUCUAAUGUACCUGAAUACUUGAUAAAUAGGCCACACCAUUUUAUUAAGCAUUGUUUAGCGAAGCAAAAUUUGGCUAACAACACUGAUCUAAAUAAAGUGCAAAUGAAAGAUCCUGGAGUAUUUGUAGUCAAUAGCUUUUCUAUUGCAAACAAAAAUUACCUUGUUAACUUUGGCGAUGAGAAGAACAUGCCAAAAUGUUCAUGUAAUGAUUGGUUUAAAUCUUCCUAUCUAUGCAAACACUUUUUUAUAAUUUUUAGAAAGUACCCACUAACAUGGGGAUGGGAGUCUAUAUUGUCUUUAUAUAGAAGUUCUCCAUUUUUAAAUAUUGACACAUUCACUAAUGAUUUUGUAUUAAGUAAAUCAAAUAUAAUCAAGUGUAACCAUGUGAAUCAUAAUAGUUUCAACUUAAUUAAUGACACUAUUUGCAGUACAACAACGAUAAAUCCAUACAAAGAUAGUACAAGAAAAAGAAGUUCUACAGCCUCUGAAGUCCGCAAAAUGCUAGCAACCAUAAAAAAUUUAACAUUUGAUUUUGAUGAAUCAUCAGAAGAACUAUCUGAUCUACAUGAAACACUUUCAAAUGUACUUAAAAAGCUUUAUCAAGCAAGAAAAAAAGAGAAAGGUCUACCAUUAAGCUCAGGUUAUGGUAUGCAUGAUUAUGUACACAAAAAACAAAAAAAUAUAGUUGAUUUACCUGUUGUUAAAAAAAAAUUGUAUUCCAAUCGUGUGGGUGAAAAAAAAAGAAAAGUUGAUGGUAGCCUCUAUAAUAAAAAUUGAAAGUAAUUUUUAUGAAGCACCAGUGCAGGAAUCAAUUAUUACUGAAGAUCAAAUAACUGGUGAAGAAACUUUUCAAACAAAUUCUUUUACAAAUAAUUAUUUAGGAAAAUCAGUUUUAUUUGAAAGAAAUUAUUCUUUACUUUCACAAGACGAUUUUGAAGACAUUUCGAAAAAUCGAAUGUUAUCUGAUACAGUUAUUAAAUGUUUUCAAGAUAUGUUAAAGAAAGCUAACCCUUAUGCAAAUGGACUUCAAGAUCCCAAAUUGGGACAAUUAUUAAAGUUUGAUGUUAUUGGUUCUUUACCAUUUGUACAAAUUAUAUAUAAUGGGGAUUACCAUUGGCUUGCCAUCAGUGCAUAUGGUUGUUCAUAUGGUGAAAUAAAUGUGCUUGAUAGUAACUUUCAUGGGUGUUUAAGCCUUGAAACACAAAAACAAAUAUGUGCCCUUUUAAAGUACAAAAAAGAUGAGAUUACAGUAAAAGUGCUUUCAGUACAGCAACAAGAUGGUGGUAUUGAUUGUGGUUUGUUUUCAAUAGCCUUUAUUGAAUUUAUUUUAUCACAAAACAGGUAUCCUAUAGAAGAUAUUUGGUUUGAUCAAACAAAGUUAAGAAAUCAUGCCCUUUCCUGUUUAAUAAAUAAUUUAAUAACUCCUUUUCCACUUACAAAUAGUGCAAGCCGUAGAUGCUCUCCAAAGGAAUUUAAAUUAAAACUGUACUGUUCUUGCAGGAUGAUUUGGAUUCCAUCAGAUAGAACAAUAUGUGGAAGGUUUUGUAUUGCAUGUUUUAUGUUUGUUAUGGAGUGUACAUAUAA